CUGAUGAACUCUGGUGAACAGACCUUCACUCGUUUUUAUUCACCAAAAUACCAAAAGUAACCAUUUUAACAAAGUCAAAAAGAGUUUCAUGACUCACAGCUGCAUGUUUCUGUGACAAACACAACCUCUCUGUCAUUAGUGUCCGAGUGGACACCUGCCUGAGGUCAGAGGAUCGGAAGUGAUACGUCAAUGAUUUCUUAGAUCCUACACUUUAACUCACAGAGAGAGAGAGAGUGGCUGUAACAGCAUUUAUUAGAGUGUUUGUGUGUGCGGUUGUGUUUGUGGGUAGCUGUUACUUCCUUCAUGCUCGUCUCUAAAAACAGCUGCGUGACAAAGACAGAAGCAGACGGACGAGACUUUUACUUCGCCCAAGAUGUCCACAGGAAACCAACAUGUGAGAUACAGCAGAGGAGUCCGAGCGGACGGUGGAGAGAAAAACAAAGCGGAGAUCGGAGAGCUUGAAGCCCACGCCACCAGGACUGGGUCACAGAAAACCAGUCGACGUGCUCGAAAGAAACAUUCAGCGAAGAGAAGAGACGUUCGAGUCAUCGCUGCAGUGCUGGGAACGUUUCUUCUGCUCACGCUGACUUUGACAGGACUCCGCUAUAUCUCAGUGACCCUGCAGAGAGACGAGCUCAAAAUAAAAUUGGAUGAAUUAAAUGAGGAAAUGACCAAGUUGAAGAGCCAAUGCUCAGACUUCUCAGACUUCGAGAAUCCAAACAUAACUGAUGGUUGGCCUGAUUUUGGAUUCCCAGAUGAUCGACCCGAGCGAAACGCAACUGAGAGAGGCUCUUUCACAAACAUCACUGAAGUGAACAACACCUCAAACGCGACUGAGAAAGGGAACGGCUGUCCUCCAGGAUGGGUGAAGGUCGGCUGCAGCUGUUAUUAUGAAUACAUCAUAGUGUCCGCUUUGCAGAAGAGCCAAGAAGACUGUGAGAAGAAGGGAGGAAACCUGAUCGUUGUGAACAGCAUCGAAAAACAGAGAAUACUGGAGGGCGAAAUGCCUAAAGAUGGCCUGCUGUGUGGCUCGGCGAUUGCUCCGCCGUGACGGGAGGAGCUCAUGAGAGCGGUCACAUCAAGAACUCGCGUGUGUGUAAACCCGACAAUUACUGAAAAUAUGGAAAGAAGCUAUUUUUAUUUUCCAAUUUAAUCGACUGAUUGACCUCCCUGAUGUUUAUUUAUCUGUGCGUUUGUUUCAUGUUAUUAUCAUCAUUACUAUUGUAUUUAUUUAUUGUUUCUGCAGACAGCUCUUUCUGGAAAAAAUGAUUUGAUUGAACUCUGUUUAAAUUAGGGAUUUAAUAAUAAUAAUAAUAACUUUUGAAAAAAUAUCUAUAAAAGUGUUUUUGUAAAUUUAUGUAUACAGCUUUCUGCAUCCUAAUUCUUUUCAAUCUAUAAACUAUUGCUGAAGUUAUUAAACUGAUCAGAAAUGAUUCUGCGUGUUUCUGAGUGUGAAUAGUUGGGACGUGGGUGAGUUAUAUCGGCUCUGUCUCUUUAGGACGAGGAUGAACACGAGCAUGAUGGAUGUGUGUGUUUACUCUGAGAAACUGAAUAAAUGCGAUUUCUUGAUAA